GCUGUAAUCAAAACUAAUUGAAUUGGAAAGGACGACGCGACCGGACAGGAGCUGGCCUGCAAUGCGUGUUGAUGGUUGCGUUGUCUUUUUGCCCAUUAAAUCCACUUUCUUUUUGACCCUCCAACCCUAAAUUUAAUCCUGAUUUUUCUUCUGCAAAAACCUCGUUUGCAAUCCGGAUUUCCAAAAUCUACGAGUUAAUGGCGUCUUCUUCAGAUUCAUGGAUGAAAGAGUACCAUGAAGCAGUAAAACUCGCAGAUGAUAUCAAUGGCAUGAUAUCAGAACGGGGUUCUUUUCCUGCAUCAGAACCUGGCAGUCAGCGGCAUGCAUCUGCAAUACGGAGGAAGAUUACCAUUCUUGGAACUAGAUUAGACAGUCUGCAGUCUCUUCUAUCUAAGCUUCCAGGAAAGCAGCCCAUUUCAGAGAAAGAGAUGAACCGUCGCAAAGACAUGCUUGCUAAUUUGAAGUCAAAAACAAAUCAAAUGGCUUCCACGUUGAACAUGUCAGGGUUUGCUAACAGAGACAGCUUGCUUGGACCAGAACAGAAAUCAGAAGAUGUCAUGAGCAGAACAACUGGCUUGGACAACCAAGGCCUUGUUGGUCUUCAGAGGCAUAUUAUGAGGGAGCAAGAUGAGGGCCUUGAGAAGCUGGAGGAGACAGUAAUAAGUACCAAGCAUAUUGCGUUGGCAGUCAAUGAGGAACUUGACCUGCACACAAGGCUUAUUGAUAACUUAGACCAACAUGUGGAUGUUACUGAUUCGCGCCUACGGCGAGUUCAGAAGAACCUGGCAAUUUUGAACAAGCGCACCAAAGGUGGUUGCUCCUGCAUGUGCAUGCUCUUAUCCGUUAUUGGGAUUGUGGGUCUGAUUGUUGUGAUAUGGCUUUUGAUCAAAUAUUUGUAAUUCCAACAACAAUGAUGAGAACAACAAGAACAAACAAAAGGCAGCGAGAAGCUUCUCUUGUUGUUUUCAUGUGUGUGUUUGUGUCUGUGUUAAUGGUUUUCGAUUGUUGGUACCAUGUUCGGAAGUACUCAUUUGGCUGGCUUGUUUUCUUUACACACCGUCUUGUAUGAAGUGAAGGAUUUUCUGAGGUGUUUAAACAACUCCUGUAAAUUGUUAUGAUGAGUAAUUUUAAGUGUCGUGGUACAGUAAGUACUGUACUUGAAGUAUUA